AUGGAAAUAUUCAAUUUGUUAAAACAGCAAAUAAAUGAGUCUAAGGAUAAUCUAGGCCGCGCCGCGAAGUUCUUUGAGCAACCACAAAUUAUCCUCGGCACUGUUUCUGCUGGUUCAGGACUCAAAACUGUUCAGCCCCACACCAGUGGUGAGGGUUAUCCAAAUGAGCUCGACUGGUCAAUCAUCAGUAUCGAUAGGAAUUGUUCAAUCUCAAACAAAGUCCGUUGUGCUGGCUCGGGCGGUUCUGGUUCGGGUGGUGCUCGCAAGGGUGGUGCCCAUAAGCGUGAUGCUCACAGAGUCAGUUUCUCCUCCACCUGA